AGAAAGCUGGAUUUAAUGGUGACUGACACGCGGCGGUGGUGAUUUCCGGGGAGGCAGAGUGGGGAGCAAGUACGGAGUGGAUCGGAGACGGAUGGACAAGAACAAGAGCCGUACCGAUCUGCUUGCUGCUGGCCGUAAAAAGCUUCAACAAUACCGUCAGAAGAAAGAUAAAGGCAGUGGAAGCCAGGGAAAAUCCUCGAAAAAGUCUGGAAAAUCAGAGCAGCAUGAGGCUGCAGCUAAACCUGCAGCGUUAUCUCAGGUCCAUGACCGAGAAACUGAGUCCGCUGUAGGUUCUAAUUCAGAAGUUGUCAACACAGCAGACUCUGAUACCGGUGUAGAUGUUGUUGGCCCCUCGGCAGUGCCUAUUACACAAGAGAAAGGUGUAAUUGAAACUGAAUCAGAGAAAAAUGCCGCAUCAACAUCAGAGGAAGUGGGAAUUAGUAAGCCUGAUGCUGACUCUUCUAUUCAGAAUGACGGUGAGAAUACUGGAACUGCUGAUGCUGAUGUGGCAAGGGACAUUUCAUUGGACACUUCACAUACAGUGGAUUCUGGGGGAGGAGCUGAAAAUGUAAAUAUGUCUGUAGAAGAUGAUGAAUCAGCCAUACAUACUUCAGUCGAUAUUACUGAGGGGAUGCCCAUGUCUGGUGAAUCAGAAAUUCCAAGUGCUGUAGCUGAUGUUGGUCCCUCAGUAUUGCCCAUUACAGAGGAGAAAAGUGUGGUUGAAACUGAAUUGGAGAAAAAUGCUAAAUUACCAUCAGAUAAAGUGGAGGAUAGUAAACCUGGUGCUGACUCUUCUGUUCCUAAUGAAGGUGAGAUUACUGGGACUGCCGAUGCUGAGGUGGCAAGAGACAUUUCAUUGGACACUGCACAUACAGUGGAUUCUCGAGGAGAAGCCGAAAAUUUGAGUAUGUCUGAACAAGUUGCUGAAUCAACCCAAAUUGCUCCAGCCGAUAUUACAGAAGGGAUGUCCGUUACUGUUGAAUCGCAAAUUCCUAGUAGCGGGAAGGAGUCUUCGCCUGAAGAUAUCAUUACGUCCUCAGUGCAGGACAGAGAAGAUCAGGUAACAGAUAUUGAAAAGCACUUUGACACGCAACUACAGUUUGAAUAUCGGCAUAAUGGGUUGCUUGAUGAAACAUCUUCUCUUCAUGCUUCACUCGAUGAACUUUGUGAGAAGAACCAAUCUCUUGCUGAAGAGUUUGCACUGUGCAGGGGUGAACUCCAGGCUGUUGCUUUUGAGAAGGAGGAGCUUGGAAACAAAUUUCAUGCGGCAAAGUUGGAGGUUGAAGAGGCUACUUCUAGAGCAAAUGAUCUGCAUAACAACCUGGAAAGGGCACAGCAGGAUGUGUUCAGACUGUCAACAGAAUUAGCUGAUUGUAAAGGUUUGGUACAAGCUUUACAGGUGGAGAAUGAAACCUUAAAUGAGACUAUAGUGUCAGCCGAUGAAGUUAAAAGUAAACUUACUGAACAAAAUAAAUUAUAUAUUGUUGAGAACGAGAAACUUUCAACCGACCUGGUUGAUUGUGAAACUGUAGUGGCCACUCUGCAAGGUCAAAUAUCAAACUUAAAUGGGAGUUUGGACUCAGUAGCACAUGAGAGGGAGCAUCUUUUCUGUGGAAAUGAGAAACUUACAACUGAACUGGCUGGCAGUAAGAAUCUGAUAUCUGCUUUGCAGGCAGAAAUUGCCAGUGUAAGUGGGAGUCUUGGUUUGGUUACGGAGGAGAAGAAGAAACUAGAGGAGGAGAGGGAUUAUUCUGUGCAUGAGAAUGAAAGACUUUUCACUGACCUGGUUGCUUGUGAGAUUUUAGUGGCCACUCUACAGGGUCAAAUUACUCAAAUAUCAAACUUAAGUGGGAAUUUGGACUCAGUAACACAAGAUAGGGAGGAUAUUUUCUGUGAAAAUGAGAAGCUUGCAACUGAACUGGCUGACAGUAAGAAAGUAGCAUCAGCUUUGCAGGAAGAAAUUGCCAGCCUGAAUGGGAACCUUGCUUUGGUUAUGGAGGGAAAAAAGAAGCUUGAGGAGGAGAGGGAGUAUUCUGUGCAUGAGAAUGAGAGACUUUCCACUGAGCUUGUUGUUCUUCAAGAACGAUUUUCUGCAGAACGUGAAGAACGAGUGAGGUUUGAGGUUGACCUAAAAGAAACCACAGAACGCCUUGAGCAGCUCAUCAAUGAAAAUAUUUCUCUUACUAGCAGUCUGGACAUACUUAAAGCUAAGCUGAGCAAGGUUGAAAACAGUGGGUUUGAUAUACCAGCUCCAGCUGGGAACCAAGUUGAACUUAGCAGGGGUCUUGAUCUUGCUAUUGAAAAUGAUAAUUCACAGAAAUUUCAUGGGGAAAUUGAUGGUGAAGCUUCCUUACUGGUGGAUAAAUCUUUAUCUGUUGUAGGGGUUUCACCAAUUUCUAAUAUUGGGAAGGAAGUCGUGGAUGAUUCUGAUAGGUUUAUUGCACUGCAAGGACACUUGGAGAAGGCAGAUAAAAUGUUGUAUAAUCUUGUACAGGAAGUUGAAAGCCUGUGCGCUCAUUCCACAUCCCUAAGCAAGUCAGGUGAUAAAGUGCAUGUACCUCAGGUAUCAAAAAUGAUUCAAGCUUUCGAGUUGAAGGCUCAUUCUGAUGAGCAUGCAGAGGGGCCAACUCUAUCCGAUGAUCAAUCACCAGAGGAUACAGUUGUGUCAGUACAAGGGCAAAUUGGAAACCUGAGAGCAUUAUUUACGCAGUUGCUGCUGGAUGCUGCAAACGCCAGUCUACUGCUUAAGGAGGAGCGAGAUGAUAAGAAACAUGCUGAUGCCACCUCCAGUGAACUAAAGGAUCAGAAUGAGGCCUUAGAAGAAUAUAGCAAGAAACUUGAAGCAACCAACAUUGAGCUCAGGGUCCUAUAUGAAGCUUUAGAAGAACAUAGGGAAAUCAUUGAAUCUAGGAACUUUGAGCUUUUGAAUCUCUGCGAUAGCUUACAACUAGAAGUCACUAAUCUUAAAGCAGAAAACGUGGAAGUUGACAGAAAGCUACAUGUGUGUGAAUCAAGAACUAGUCAAUUGCAGAGUCGAUUGCAUGAUCUACAUCUAAUUUCAAAUGUUAUGGUAUCUCAGAUCCCUGAGCAGUUGGAAAAAUUUCACAAGGUAGCAGCUGAGAAUGUUUUGACACUUGAGUGCCAUUGGAAUUCAACUAUUGAUCCAGUUCUUCAAGCAAUUGGGAAGCUUGAUCAAUCGCUCGGUAGGGUCACCACAACUACAACAGUCACUCACAAUUCUUUGGACAGACUUAGGUAUUCUGUUGCUUCUGUUCAGGAUGCCAUCAGUUUCAUUCAACAAUUGAAGGAAAAACUUGAAAGUUCACAAACAGAUCAUGAAACUGUCUCUACUUUAUUCAAAGAAUUGAAUGAGAAAUAUGAUGAUCUGCAUGGAAAGAAUGAAAUGUCCAGCGAGUUGUUGCAGAAGUUGUAUGGCAACCUUUCUAAAUUUGUCUCAGUUUUGCAUGGGUCUACAGAUGAAAGUAAUAUGUAUGUAGAACCUGAGAAGCUUGCUGAUCCUCUAGAUUACAGUAACUACGCAACCAUUUUAAAACCUGUGGAAUCUUUUUUGAGGGGAAGUCUGCAACUUGAAUCUGUUAACAAGAAGCUAGAUUCAGAGUUGAUGGCUAGAGCUGAAGAAGUUGAGGAACUGAAACAAAGAUGCCUUGAUUCUACUGCUCUGCAAAAGUUAAUAGGAGAUGUUGAAGGGCUGCUGAAAAUGGAACAUCCUGAUUUCCAAUUGACUACAACGCCUGCUUCACACCUUGAAUCACUUGUGUCUUGUCUUAUUCAGAAAUGUGAGGAGGCUGAUGUGCAGGUAAGCUUAUCUAAGGAAGAUUUUGCAUCUAAGGUGGUGGAGCUGACUUCAAUGCAGGCAGAAGUACAGCAGCUAAAUGCCUUGUGUCUCCAGCAUGAAAGUGAACUCAUUGUUCUAAGGGAAAGUUUACACCAGGCGGAGGAAGCACUUCUUGUUGCUCGUUCUGAGAUACAAGGGAAAGGAGAUGAACUUGAACAGUCGGAGCAACGGGUAUCAUCCCUUAGAGAGAAGCUUACCAUUGCAGUCACCAAGGGAAAAGGUUUAAUUGUGCAGCGAGAUGGUCUGAAGCAGUCCCUUAAUGAGAAAUCUGCUGAACUGGAAAGAUUCUCACAGGAAUUGCAAAUGAAAGAUGCUAGGCUUCUUGAGAUUGAAACAAAACUUCAGGCAUAUUCAGAGUCUGGUGAGCGGGUGGAAGCUCUGGAAUCAGAACUUUCUUAUAUUCGCAAUUCGGCUACUGCAUUAAGAGAAUCAUUCCUUCUCAAAGAUUCAGUGCUUCAGAGAAUAGAAGAGAUCUUGGAAGACCUUGAUCUGCCAGAGCAUUUUCAUUCACGAGAUAUUAUUGAGAAGAUUGAUUGGCUGGCUAGGACAGCUACAAACACUUUUCCUGUGACUGAUUCAGAUCAGAAGAGUUCUGCUGGAGGAGGUUCGUACUCUUAUGCUGGUUUUGUUGCUACAGAGUCCUGGAAAGAUGAUGUACAGCCAAGUUCAGAUUCAAGUGAAGAUAUCAAAAAGAAAUAUGAUGAACUUCAGAGUAAAUUUUAUGGGUUGGCUGAACAGAAUGAAAUGUUGGAACAAUCCUUAAUGGAAAGGAACAACAUAAUACAGAGAUGGGAGGAGCUUUUGGACAGGAUUGACAUGCCAUCACAUCUGCGGUCUGUUGAGCCAGAGGAUAGGAUCGAUUGGUUAAGAAAAGCACUUUCAGAAGUGCAGGAAGAUAAUAUGUCUCUCCAGCAGAAGGUUGUUAACCUUGAAAAUCAUUGUUUAUCACUAACUGCUGAUUUGGAAGACUCGCAAAGGAGAGUGGCUGACCUUGAGGCAGACCUCCAAACAUUUAUCCAUGAGAGAGAUCAUCUAUCUGGAAGAUUGGAGGCUCUGGUCAAUGAUUGGGAGAAGCUUUCAACAAAGACAGCUGAAUUUGAACUUGAGAAUGAAAAGCUGCAGAAAGAAGUUACUGAUUUGCAAGAAAAUGUAGCCAAGAUGCAUGGAAAUGAAAAUCAAAUUCUCAGCAUAGAAGCUGACUUAAGAAGAUUAGAGGGUUUGAUUACUGAUGCCUUGGAGAUCUCUGGAUCAAAAUUUGAGUAUUCUGGUGGUAGUAGCAUUGACUGCUUGGAAGGGUUAUUGAAUAAGCUGUUGGAGAGUUAUGAAAUGCUGUCCUUGCGAAAACCUGUGCAUGGGGGUGCAGCUGAAAGUCUCCAUACUGGAGAUGGUGAUGAGACAGUUGUUGGAUCCAGAAGCCUAAAUACACUCGAUUCCCAGGAAUCAGAUAUAGAUGUUCUUAAAAAAGAGUUGGAAGAGGUUCAACAUGAACUUUUGGAUGUGAAGGAGGAGAGGGAUGUAUAUCUAGAGAAGCAACAAUCUAUGACUAGUGAAUUUGAAGCAUUACACAAAAAAGUAAAUGAGUUGCAAGCACUGCUUAAUCAAGAGGAGCAGAAGUCAGCUUCUGUUAGAGAAAAGUUAAAUGUUGCAGUCAGAAAAGGGAAGUCACUGAUACAACACCGUGACAGUCUGAAACAAAGUAUUGAGGAGGUCAACUCUGAGGUGGAACGUUUGAGAUCAGAAAUCAAGAUGGGGCAAGUUAAAAUUGCAGAGUAUGAACAAACCUUCAUGGAAUUGUCUACAUAUCCUGGUCGAGUAGAAGCCUUAGAAUCUGAGACCUUGUUCUUGAGGAAUUGUUUGAAUCAAACUGAGCAGAAUUUGCAGCAGAAAGCAAAUACUUUGAACAUGAUUGUGAAUAUCUUAGAUAAAAUUGAUGUAGGGGGGGAUAUUAACUCUCGUGAUCCAGUUUUGAAGUUAGAACAAGUUGAAAAAAUGUGCGUUGAUUUGCGCGCAGAUGUAACUUCUUCUGAGCAAGAGGCUAGGAAAUCAAAAAGAGCAGCAGAGCUACUCCUUGCAGAACUGAAUGAGGUUCAAGAGAGGAAUGAUGGUCUCCAGGAAGAGCUAGCAAACUCUGUCGACGAACUUUCUGUACUCUCCAAGGAAAUGGAUCUUGCUGUGGUCGGCAAACUUGAAGCUGUUUCAAGUCUUGAAAAGUUAUCUACUGCUCAGUCCAAGGAAAGGAAAAACCAAUUUUCUGAAUUUGCUGGGCUGAAAUCUGGUGUAGAUCAACUCAGGAUGGGUUUCCAUGAUAUUAGCAAUUCAUUGGCCGGUCUUUUUUACAAUGAGUUGGAAUUUUUGAAUAACCUGGAGUCUGGUAUUGACUCAAUUCUCAACUUGAAUAGUGCUAAUGUGGUUGAUGUUCACCCUUUCACUGCAGCUGGUGGGUUUCUAAUGAGCAAUUCAAACAAGGAUAACUCUAUUUCAAUGGAUCCUUGGUCAGACCCCAAUUUGCAUGGGAAUUUUGAUGAAAAUUUUGUCAUCGAAACCUUCACAUACACAGCACAUUAUUUGCAAGAGCUCAAGACGGAUAUUAAUGGGCUUAAAGAAAAAUUGGAUGAACACUCAAUGUCUUUGCAUAACAAAACUGGCAGUAUAUCCAGAUUGGUGGGAAUUGUUCAUGGAGAGAUAACUUCCAAAAAAGAGUCAUUGGAAGCUUUGAGGAGAGACUUUUUGCAGAUGGAAGUGGUGAAGAAGGAAAAGGACAAGGAGCUUCUUGUCUUGCAUAGAAAUGCUGCCUUGCUUUUUGAAGCAUGCACUAGUUCAGUUGUAAAAAUAAACAGAAGAAAAGCUGAACUGGUGGGAAAUAGUUGGGCUGUUGGAGAUUUGGGAAUGACAUCAAAAACGACAGAAUUUCCCUCUUUAAGUGGAGAGGGUCAGCUGUACUCUGAGGAAUCUGUUAGGUCAUUGACAGACAGGCUAUUGUCGGCUGCUAAUGAUUUUGCUUCUCUGACAGCUGAAAUAGUGGAAAGCAGCCAAAAGGAAAUGAAGCUUACCAUUUCAAAUUUGCAGAAAGAGCUUCAAGAGAAGGACGUUCAAAAGGAGAGGAUUUUCAUGGAGCUUGUAAGUCAAAUCAAGGAAGCUGAAGCUACUGCAAGCAGCUACUCGGAGGACCUUGAAUCUUCGAAAACUUUGGUGCAUGAUAUGGAGAAACAGUUGGAAGCUAUGAGAGGUGAACGUAACGUAUUUGAGCAGCGAGUGAAGGAGCUGGAAGGUUAUCAGGGCACCUCUGAUGAGUUACGACAGAGGAUCAGAUCACUAACUGAUGUGCUUGCUGCCAAAGAUCAUGAAAUUGAGGAGCUUAUGCAAGCACUUGAUGAAGAGGAGGUACAGAUGCAAGGUAUCACUUCCAAGAUCAAGGAACUGGAAAAGAUUGUGGAACAAAAGAACUUAGAAUUAGAGAACCUUAAGGCUUCUCGUGGGAAGGUUAUGAGAAAGCUUUCGAUCACUGUGAAUAAGUUUGACGAGCUGCAUCAUCUAUCUGCAAGCCUCCUUGCCGAAGUUGAAAAACUGCAGUCACAAUUGCAAGAUCGGGAUGCAGAGAUUUCUUUCUUGAGGCAAGAGGUCACUAGGUGCACCAAUGAUGUUCUGGUUGCAUCACAAGUCAGUAACAAGGGAAGUUCAGAUGAGAUCCAUGAGUUACUGACAUGGUUCAAUAUUAAUAUUGCUCGUUUUGGGGUGCACAGUGAGUAUCUUGAAGAUAAGAACAACAGUGACGUCCCUGAACAAAAGGAAGUACUCAAGAAGACAAUUGAUUCUAUAUUAUCUGAAUUGGGGGAUCUGCGGGCUUCAGCUCAAAGAAAAGAUAUAUUGUUGCAAGAAGAAAGGACUAAAGUAGAAGAAUUAACACACAAGGGACAGACUCUUGAGAAGUCUCUGCGGGAGAAGGAAUCACGAUUAAAUCUGCUUGCAGGUGUGGAAGACGACCGGGCAACUAGCUCAUCCUCAGAGAUUCAUGAAGUUGAGCCUGCGAUUAACAAAUGGGCGGCAUCUGGUUCCUCCAUUGCAUCUCAAGUCCGCAGUUUACGCAAAGGCAAUAGUGAGCAAGUUGCAAUUGCCAUAGAUAUGGAUCCUGGGAGUACUAGUAGAUUGGAAGAUGAAGAUGAAGAUAAGGUUCAUGGUUUUAAGUCACUCACUACAUCAAGAAUGAUUCCUAGAUUUACAAGACCUGUGACUGACAUGAUCGAUGGCCUCUGGGUUUCUUGUGAUCGAACGCUAAUGCGACAACCAAUUUUGCGGCUUGGUAUUAUAUUUUAUUGGGCCUUUCUGCAUGCGCUUCUUGCUAGUCUUGCGAUUUAAAAAGCUGAUUGGAUUCUCAUUUAAUUUUAAGGCGAGAUGGACAUGGGUCGCGAAUAUGUUUAUUUUGGACUAUCAAUUGGAGCUUAAUCUGCUCUCUUUUUUUGGCCUUGCUAUAGAAUACUUUAGAGAUUCAUUUAUUAUUCUCAACCAGGCAACCUAGAUUCCAAUGUUUUUAUCUGAAGGAAUCCUAGAAACUUGGUUGCAUGAUAAGGAAAAGAGAUUCAUGAUAGGGCAACAUAGAUUACUGAUUACCCAAAACUCAACCAAAGCUUGUACAUCAUAGCUGUUAUAAAUUUAGGUUCUCUACAAAUUUAGGGAAUUUAGUUAUACAAACUCCGAUUCAGUGUUUUGUAUGGUUACUCGUGUAAAAGUCGGCAUGCGUUAAUGCUUUGACCCAGUUUUUUUUACUAGAAGGUAUAAAAUUGAAUUGGUUGGUU